AUGCCCACCAAUCAGCAGUUCACUGAGCCAGAGCCUGAGGGCCACAACUGCUAUGAGGGCUGGGAGGAGGACCUGUUGCCUGAGGAGAGGGAGGUUCCUCUGCUGAACCUCUACCUUACCACCAAGAGAGUGGAGGACAUCGCCCUGAGGCUCGUCUCCCUGCGCCAGGCCUUCACUACCCUGCUUGGUUCCACCCCGAGCAGGAACCAUCUGUUUGUGGCAGGAAAGGUCCUAAUGGGCGCACUGGUUCAAGCCCACCACAUGGACGAGGCCGAAUUCAUCCGUGCCUAUAACGACUUUGUGGACUACCUGAGUGACCCCUCCAAGCAGAUUGACAUUGAGAGGGAGCUGGCUGAGGCAAAGAUCCAUCAUGUUAACCUGAUAGAUGUCCUUUUUGAACUGGUGCUAUUUGGGAUGAUGACAGCUCAGAAGUCCCUGAUGGUGCACCCUGGUGGGUUCAUGGAGCGUCUGUACGCUCUCCUGCACUCCUUCCUGCCCGUAGCUGCCAGCAUUGAGCCAAAGGCCGAGAGAUACCUGCUGCUGCUCAAUGAUUCUUGCGACACUUUGCCACCACACAGGGGUCUAGACACAAAUGCACUACAUUACUUUGCACUGAAUUUUACAUUUUUAAAUAAAAUAACUAGUAGUUCAAAAGCAUUUGUCUCUGUCUUUUCAUUUACUUGA